AUACAUCCUACAACCAUGUCGCAGAAUCAUGUAGGUCAACGACUUUCGUUCUCAGAUGCUCUAUGUACAGUGCGCUACAUUGGCGAUGUAGAGGGCACAAAGGGAGAUUGGCUAGGUGUCGAAUGGGACGAUCCAACGCGCGGAAAGCAUUCUGGGCAGCAUGGUAGAAAGAAAUAUUUUACUUGUCUCCGUGAUUCUCCCACAGCAGCAUCCUUUGUGCGCCCAAGUCGCGUUCCCGACGCGCCUCGCACAUUCGUAGAAGCCCUGAAGCACAAGUAUGCAUCAGACGUAUUACAAGACAGCGGCUUGUUGCAUGUGCCUAAGAAUGCUCCGCUGCCGCAACUGCCCAAGGCGAUCCGGAUCAGCGGUAAGGAGGUUGAAGAGGUAGGUUUCGAGAAGAUUGCGCGACGUUUGGCGCAUUUGCACGAACUAGUCAUUGUAAUUCUCGACGGGCUGCGCAUGUGCAAUGGCGAAACUGUACGGGAGAGAGCACCAGCUGGUACGAUUAAAGAGACUAGUCCGAAGAUUGGUGAGCUUGAUCUGAGCAGGAACCUUUUCGAGGAGUGGAGGGAGGUUGUGCAGAUAUGUGAGGAGCUACCUAGAUUGAGAGGUCUACGAAUAAAUGGCAAUCGGUUGCGAGAUAUACAGUUGAGCAACGACGAACUCACGCGCUACACUGAAGCAUUAAGUGGUAUUACAACGUUUACAUGCAACGAUAUAAUGCUCUCGUGGUCGGAAGUGGUCCAGCUGAGCACCACGUUUGCCAAGUUGACAUCUCUCUCGGCCUCCAACAAUAUCCUCAAACACCUGGAUUUCACUGACCUCUCCCUUCCGAACUCCAUCACUGAACUUAUACUCGAAGACAACGAGUUCCAGUCCCUCGCAGAUCUCGCCCCUGUGACAAGUCUCCCAGUCCUUCGGCGUCUAGUCCUCAAAUUCAACCUGAUAUCCUCCGUCCACUCCCCAUCAACUCCAUCACAACCUCUGGCCUUCUCCGCCACCCUUACCGAUCUCGACCUCUCCUACAACCAAAUCGCCUCCUGGGACCUCAUCAACGCCCUCCCAAAAGUCUUCCCCGGUCUCACCUCCCUGCGCGUCUCGCACAACCCGUUAUAUGCAUCUCUCGUCGCACCCGACGGAAAGCCCCUGAGUACAGACACCGGCUAUCUCCUAACGACAGCCCGGCUAGCAAACCUGAAGUCAAUCAAUUUCGGUAACAUUAGUGCCAAAGAGCGUCUCAACGCCGAGUCGUACUACCUCUCCCUCAUCACAUCCGAGCUCAGCUCUGCCCUGCCGGGGAAGCGGCAAGACAUCAUCGAUGCCCACCCUCGGUACGCCGAGCUGUGUGAGGAGUACGGCGCGCCAGAAGUUGCGAGUAGUGCACCCAAGGUCAACCCAAACUCUCUGGCAGCGAGGCUGUUGACGAUCAGAUUCCGGCUCGCAGAUGAUGUUCUUGCGAAACUUGAAACGGAGGGCGGAGAAGCGGAACCGUUGGGCUUAUAUGUUGGGCCUGAGUCGAAAGCUGCCAGACUUGAGAGGAUACUGAAGGAUCGCGAGUUCAUAAGCAAAGUACCCAAGUCGUAUACGAUAUACUCGACGCUGGGUCUGAUUGGGAAGGAGCUGUGUCUACCGCCUCUGUCGUUGAGGCUGUUUUGGGAAACGGGCGAGUGGGAUGUGGUUUCGAAGGAUCAGGGGCUCGAGGAAGAAGACUGGGAUUCUGAGGCAGAAGAUGAAGACGGAGACGAUCAGGAGAGGGUUCAACGGGUGGUAGAGCUUGUCGCGGGUACGAGGUUGGUAGGCACUUGGGUUGAGGGCGACGAGGUCAGAAUGCUGGUCCGGUUGAAGGCUUAGUAGGUCACGAGCUGGAAUAAUAGCCAAGCGUAAAUAAUGAUAGAAGGCUUCCAGCUAUCUAUGUAACUCUUUAUCAAGAGCGUUGCCUGAUCAGGGGCUCC